AUGGGUUGCGGCUCAUCUGGUCACGUGAUCGCACCAGCACCUGGACAAGAAAACGGAUCUGUCGCCAACGGACAUACUGUCAAUUCUCACCAUGAUAAUGAUCUUCCCACCGUGUUGCUACCAGAUACACCAGCAAAGACUAAACCACCUAUUGCCUUUGAAAUUCCAAUAGAAGAAUUUGAUAGUAGUCAUCGGGCAAUCACACCACCAGCUCAUCUACAGCGGUUACUGCGUCCGCCUAGCACCGACGUUAGUCUGCCCCAUAUUGAAGGAAAACUAGCAGAGGCUGAACAAAGAAGGCAAGCAAUUCUACAACAACGUGCGGCUUCAGCUCAAAAAAGGUCACAGAAAAUUACAAAGAGCUUCCAGGAUAUCAAGAAAUUUGACAAAACGGAAUUUAAUCAUGAUGAAACCAGUCACAAGGCACUCAUCAUUCCACCAGACCCAGGCCUUGAAGAUAAAUUAAUCUAA